UCUUCAUCUUUUGUUUUUGUUUUUGGAUCCAUCAAUCAAAGUUGUGGCCAACCUAUCCAUGUCUAAAUUAUUGUAAUAAAUAUUUUCAAUUAUCUUCCAAAUUAUCUGUUAAGUAAUAACAAUAAGGAGUUUUAUUAAUUUAAUAAAAAUUGUAAAUAUAAACCUCUAAAAUGGCUAGUCCUGUGGGGCCGGGCCCAGGCGCGUUCCUGCUCCCGCCCACGGUGGGGUACCCCAAGCACGACCCCUCGCGGUACCGCGCGCCCAUGUACUCCAUGGGGGGCAGACAGGGCCUGCGCGGGCUGCGCGCGCUGGGGCCGGGUCCUGUCUACAAGAUCGACAAGAUGACGCGCGAGGGGCCGGUCACCGCGCCCGCCUGGAGCCUCGGCGUCAGACUGUGCGGGCGCACCGCCGCGCACCGCACCCCCGGCCCGGCCGCGUACGCCCCCGAGCGAGCGCCCCCGUGCGCCCCGCGCCCCCCCGCCUACAGCCUGGGGGCGCGACUACAGGGACGGGAGUUUAAGCGUUCCGGGCCGGCGCCCAACGCCUACUGUCUCCGGCCCUCGCUGGGCGGGCCCGCCUACUCGCUGGCGCGGCGCAGCGUCCGCGCGGGGCUGGCGUGGGCCUCGCCCGGACCCGCCGCCUACUACCAGCGGGACCAGGACGUUUAUAAGACUAGUCCGCCCCGCUUCAGUCUGGGCGCGCGGCGCGCGAGGCGCUGGGGGCAGUGCACGCCCGGCCCCGCCGCCUACCCGCCCAACCUGUACAAUAAUAAGAAGAGUCCCCGCGCGUAUUCGUUCGGCGCGCGACACUCGCCGUGGGUGCCGCCCAUGGUCGUGGCCGCGGACGCCAUGGACUGUCUCUAGUAUUACACUAUACCUUGUUUCACGGGGAAAGAUAUCUGACAGAACCCCU